GGGGGCGCGCACAAGGGCGAGGGCCGGGAGCUGCGGCGGUCGCCUGGUUGCCGCCCUCAGUCGCGGUCUCCUUCGACGCCGAGGUCCCAGUCAAGCCGCGGCGCCCGCUCCUGUCAGAGGCGUCCGAAGCCGGUCCUCCCGGCGGUGCGGAGACAAGGCCGAGCUGACGGCCGCGGGCAGCUGAGGCGGCGGGGAGGAAGGCGGCCGCCAGGCGGAGGCGCACGUCCGGCGGAGUCCCGGAGCCGGGAGAGGCUGAGGGGACCAUGUCCAGCGGGCACUUCCCUGUCUCCACCACCGAGCGCGUCGUCAAAGCUGUCCCUUUUCCUCCAACUCACCGACUUACUUUGAAAGAAGUAUUCGAGAAUGGGAAACCUAAAAUUGAUAUUUUGAAAAACCAUUUGAUCAAGGAAGGCCAACUACAAGAGGAUGUAGCUUUAAAGAUAAUCAAUGAUGGGGCUGCUAUCCUGAGACAAGAGAAGACUAUGAUAGAAGUGGACGCGCCAGUCACAGUGUGCGGAGACAUUCAUGGACAAUUCUUUGACUUGAUGAAGCUGUUUGAAGUUGGGGGAUCACCUAAUAACACACGCUACCUCUUUCUGGGUGACUAUGUGGACAGAGGCUAUUUCAGUAUAGAGGUUACAUCUCAGACCUUCCAGGUCCCCAAGGACAUACUAGGAGUCACCACCCUGAAAGGAGCCCAAAGCUAUAGCCUUCUGCCAGGUCUAAUCAAAUAUUCAGAACGGGUGUAUGAGGCAUGUAUGGACACAUUUGAUUGUCUUCCUCUUGCUGCCCUCUUAAACCAGCAGUUUCUGUGUGUACAUGGAGGAAUGUCACCUGAAAUCACUUGCUUAGAUGACAUUAGGAAAUUAGACAGGUUUAUUGAACCUCCAGCCUUUGGUCCAGUGUGUGACCUGCUUUGGUCUGAUCCCUCAGAGGAUUAUGGCAGUGAAAAGACUUUGGAGAACUAUACCCACAAUACUGUCCGAGGGUGCUCUUACUUUUUCAGUUACCCUGCAGUUUGUGAAUUUUUGCAGAACAAUAAUUUAUUAUCAAUAAUCAGAGCCCAUGAAGCCCAAGAUGCUGGGUAUCGAAUGUACAGGAAGAGUCAGACCACUGGCUUUCCAUCACUUAUCACGAUUUUCUCUGCCCCCAAUUAUCUGGAUGUCUAUAACAAUAAAGCUGCAGUACUGAAAUACGAAAACAAUGUCAUGAAUAUCAGGCAGUUUAACUGUUCUCCACACCCCUACUGGCUUCCAAACUUUAUGGAUGUUUUCACAUGGUCUUUGCCUUUUGUUGGGGAAAAAGUCACGGAGAUGCUGGUUAACAUUCUGAGCAUAUGCUCUGAUGAUGAACUGAUGUCUGAUGAUGAAGCAGAAGAUCUCUACAUUUCAAGCUUUCAGAAAGGAGGCACUACAGUUCGAAAAGAGAUCAUUAAGAAUAAAAUCAGAGCCAUUGGGAAAAUGGCACGAGUCUUUUCAGUUCUUCGGGAAGAGAGUGAGAGUGUGCUGACCCUCAAGGGCCUCACCCCCACAGGCACACUCCCUCUGGGCGUCCUCUCGGGAGGAAAGCAGACUAUUGAGACUGCUACAGUGCAAGCGGUAGAGGCCCAGGAAGCCAUCCAAGGAUUUUCGCUGCAGCACAAGAUCCGGAGUUUUGAAGAAGCCCGAGGUCUAGACCGAAUUAAUGAGCGGAUGCCACCUCGAAAAGACAGUGGACAUGACGGGCCAGCAAAGCUGGUGACCCCAGUCCACCCCAACACCACACACAGGAGCGACAGUAGGAAGAAAACACAGUGAUGACUCAGUUGUGCUGGGCUACGGUGGAUCCCAAGUUUAAGAACAAAUUUUAUUUAUGAUCAGAAAAUGAAACAAAAACAAACUUGGAGGUGCAUUCAUAAUUUAGUCUGGAUUUAUUCUGUAAGAAAGGUGAAUGUUUUAUAAAUUCUUUUGAAUUUGUGUUCAAGAUAUAUAUAAAAGCACAUCUGUUUUGUUUUCCCUUUUUAUCCCCCUAAUUUUUAGGAGCAAAUUUGAUUGUAAUCAAUAUAUAAGUGAAGUUUGUGCUAUCUGGGGGACCUUCCCCUAAUAAAAGGGCCUUGGAAACCUUAGCCCUGGGUUUCUGACUUGAACUAGUAAGCUUUUUAUCUUGCUUUACGAAGGCAAUAGCAUUUAUUUAAUAACUUUUCAAACUGAAGAGGGCUUUUUUCUGCUCUUUGCCACAGGGAAAGGUCGCUUAGAUUUCAGUAGCUGAAAUUGCUUCUGUUCUGAUAGAAAUUUGCUCAGACUAGAGCUUCCAAAUAAAUAAUUCAGUGACUUAAGGGCCAAUGAGAAUAUUUUUUGUAAUAACCUACUCUUCUGGACUCUCAGUUCCUUUUAACAUUCUAGUAAAGCACAAUAAAAAUAAUGAUGGGGUUUCUUAGAAUUACUUACAAUAUAUGCAUCUAAGGCUGGAGGUGUCGCUCAGUGGUAGAGAGCUUGCUCUGGCUUCCAUCCCCAACACUGAAAAUAAAAAGUCAUCCAUUUGA